AUGCAGCUGCCUCUUGCGAUAGCCUUCACUUCCAUCACCCUUGCGGCGCCCACCGACCAGAUUCUUGCCACCGAGAUAGCCACCCAAUCCGAUUUUGUCCAAGAACCCGGGUCUGCUCGUGUAACACCUCGUCUGUUUCCUUUCCUCAACUGGCUCUGCGACGAGACUGUUGAGCUGCUUUUCGGGCAACCGCGGAAGAAGACCAAUAUUGCUGUGCUACCCAGGGACUUGUCUACCCGUCAUGUCGAUGAGGUGGUGCUCCGUCUAAAUGUGUCGACGUCCCAAGAGGCAGAAGCUGUUGCCGAGGCCGCGACUCGCCUCUUACUCGACGUAUGGUCAUUCAACAAGAAUAACGUGGAUAUCCGGCUUCAGAAGCAUGUGGUCUCCUCCUUUGUAGCACUGCUUCCCCCUUCGCUUUCUGAUUCAUAUUCCACUCUCAUUCCGGAUCUGGACGCCGCGAUCCGCAAUGCAUCCGCUUCUUCUCCGCUGGAUCGAUCUCUCGACAAGAUGGUGGCUGGUACCCAGUCCCUCUUAACACCUGAAGCGGGUGCGGAGAACGUCUUCUUUCGUGAUUACCGCCCCCUCUCAGUCAUUGUUCCCUGGCUACGGUAUCUGACUGCCAUGUUUCCCUCGAUUACUCAAUUAUCAAGCAUUGGAUUGUCGUACGAAGGUCGAGAUAUACAUGCUUUACGUGUUGGGGCCCGGCUGGGAGAUACAACGCCCAGGAGAAGAACACUAGUCGUGACUGGUGGAAUGCAUGCCCGUGAAUGGAUUUCAACUACGACCGUCAACUACGUCGCAUGGUCCUUCGUCACUGGCUAUGGCAGGGACCCGAUGAUCACCAAGCUACUUGACCAUUUCGAUUUUGUAUUCAUCCCAGUGGUCAAUCCCGACGGAGCAGAAUACACAUGGCAAGUCGAUCGACUCUGGCGCAAAUCUCGGCAACAAACAGACCUUCGUUUUUGCCGUGGGUUUGAUCUCGACCAUGCAUUCGGGUUUGGCUGGGGGAGUACAGACGGCGGCAGUGACCCCUGCUCGGAAACUUACGGUGGUAAUGCGCCAUGGGAAGCGGUCGAGGCAGCUGUCCUGGCGAACUGGGCUCUGGACCAAGCAAGAAGCAACAAAGCCCAGUUCAUAGGACUGAUUGAUCUACACUCCUACUCGCAGCAGAUCAUGUUUCCGUACUCGUAUACUUGCGAUGUAGAUCCACCGAAUCUCGAGAACCUUGAAGAGCUUGCAGUGGGCCUUGCCAAAGCUAUCCGCUUAUAUAGCGGCGAGUCUUAUUCUGUAUCGCCUGCCUGUGAAGAGACCGUCAUAUCGGUGCCACGGCAAAAUCAUCCACCAAGGAUUGGAGCCAGCGGCGGUUCGGCCAUCGACUGGUUCUAUCACGAACUGCGUGCUCACUUCAGCUAUCAGAUCAAGCUAAGAGACACUGGCAGUUACGGUUUUCUUCUCCCUCGGGAGAAUAUUAUCCCCACCGGAGAGGAAAUGUACAAUGCCAUGAAAUACCUCGGAGACUAUCUUCUAGGCAACAACGGCAUUGAAGGAGUCCAAGACAGAGCAAACAUCAGGACAGGACAAAGCCAACCAGUGCCACCAUCUGAGCAAAAGUCUACGCGGUUUAUUUGA